UACUCCUCUUGGCGAGCCGGGAGCGCUAGUGUUCUUCGCUGGAAGUAUUUUCUUUCAUUGUCUUUUCCGAUUAUCCAGACAGCAGCUAAGGAGAGAAAAUUCGUGGGGCUAAAAUCUCUGUGACCGGAGCAUCCAAAUGGCGGUUUCUGUUACGGCAUCCACAAUUUCUUCUUUCAGCUCUGACCGUACGACUCGCAUAGCUGCGACUUCUUCAUCCUCGGCGUCUUGUUCAAAGCUAUCUUCAUCGUCUUCUCUGCAAGUUCCUGUACAGCUUCGAUGUGUUCGGAUCGGAAGAAGUGGAGUCUCGACUCCCUCACGGCCUCGGAUUCUUCCUGUGGUUGCAGCAAAGAAGCAAACAUUUUCCUCCUUUGAGGAUUUGCUGGCUACUUCUGACAAACCUGUUUUGGUUGACUUCUAUGCAACCUGGUGUGGUCCUUGUCAAUUUAUGGCUCCUAUCCUCAAUGAAGUGAGUAUUACUCUGAAUGACAAGAUCCAGGUGGUGAAAAUUGACACCGAGAAGUAUCCUAGCAUUGCUGAUAAAUACAACAUACAGGCAUUGCCUACUUUUAUCAUAUUUAAGGAUGGAGAACCAUAUGACCGCUUUGAGGGUGCUUUGACUGCCGAUCAGCUUGUCGAACGAAUUGAAACUACUUUGAAAGUUAAGCAAUAGACAGUCCAGCUUCUCAGGUUGAACCGGGAAAUCGGUCUAUUCAGAACAUUGGAAGAAAUACGGAUUUGAUGGUGGAGGGCAUGGGAAGAUCAGUCAUUGUUGGAUGUUCCUCUGCUUUUUACUCUUUGUAUGUAACUGUUUUGUACUUAGAAAAAAGAAAAACAGAGAAUUUGUUCAUCUCCUUGAUGGAUUUUGUGCGGGUAAAGCUUAGGAUUUUAUGACUUCUGUUAUACACAAGACCCAAAAACAGUUUCAUUAUAUUCAAAAUCUUGAAUUGGAAAGUUGUUGGAAAUUUGGAGUGACUGAUCA